CUCGCCCUCUCAAGGAACCGUCAAGACGACGAAAGCUUCUUGUCUUUCUUUCCCUACCACCCGUCCCCCUACCACCAGCCGACAUCACUAACCCCCCUUUUCCUCCUCCCUCCUCUUCAUUCCCCCCCACCCCUCUUCCUCUUCUCCAUCGCCGUGCGCGCUUCCAAGAUAGCGACACCACCAAUAACAUCGCAGCGCUCCUACAAGUAGAGCAGCUCUGAUUGCAAACGCAGCGAGCGUCGUCGACACACACACAAUCAACACCUUUGCAUCACUUCCCACACGCAGCAAAGAUGUCCGACUCAUCAGGCACUCAGCCUGAGCUGCAGCACUCCAAGCACGAGGAGGCUGGCGCUGCCAACGACGAGUAUGGCACCCUCAUCGAGUUCAUCCGCGCUCAGAAGCGCAGCACGGGUGACGAGGAGGGCAACGAUGGCUCCAAGAUUGUCAAGAAGCGCUCCCUCCUCACCCCGUGGAAGACGAGGGAGGUUCGCGUCAACAAGGAAGGCGAGGAGGAGACUGUAGCGGCCAAGGUCCCUGCCAGCUGGCUCGAGACCGACAUGACCCACGGUAUCUCGGAGAGCGACGUCGCCAAGCGUCGCCAGCAAUUUGGUUACAACGAGCUUGAGUCUCCUCACGAGAACCUCAUCAUCAAGUUCUUUGGUUUCUUCAAGGGUCCCAUUCUCUACACCAUGGAGCUCGCCGUCGCCCUCGCUGGUGGUCUUCGUGACUGGAUCGACUUCGGUGUCAUUAUCGCUAUUCUGUUGCUCAACGCCUUCGUCGGAUGGUACCAGGAGAAGCAAGCCGGAGACAUCGUCGCCCAGCUCAAGGCUGGUAUCGCCCUUCGUUCCACCAUUGUUCGUGACGGCCAAGAGCACGAGGUCGAGGCCCGCGAGCUCGUUCCCGGAGACAUCGUCAUCGUCGAGGACGGCAAGACGAUCCCCUGUGACGGUCGCCUCCUCGCUGACUACGACGACAAGGACAUGAGCCAGGCCAACGCUAUCCGUGAGAAGAUGGAGGCCUCCAAGCACAAGGGUGCUGGCGAGGACGAGGACGAUGACGCCGGUGUCGACAAGGGACCUGCCAUCAUUGCUUGCGACCAGUCUGCCAUCACUGGAGAGUCUCUCGCCGUCGACAAGCACAUUGGUGACACCGUCUUCUACACCACCGGCUGCAAGCGCGGAAAGGCCUACAUCCUCUGCACGGACAUUGCCAAGCAGACAUUCGUCGGUCGCACCGCUGCUCUCGUCCUCGGCGGCAACGAGAAGGGCCACUUCCAAAAGGUCAUGGACUCUAUUGGAACUGCGCUCCUCGUUCUCGUCGUCGUCUUCACCCUCAUCUUCUGGAUCGGCGGCUUCUUCCGCAACACUGGUAUCGCCACGCCCAAGGACAACAACUUGCUCGUCUACACCCUGAUCUUCCUUAUCAUUGGUGUCCCCGUCGGUCUCCCCUGUGUCACCACGACGACCAUGGCCGUCGGUGCCGCCUACCUCGCCAAGCGUCAGGCCAUUGUCCAGAAGCUCACCGCCAUUGAGUCCCUCGCCGGUGUCGACAUCCUCUGCUCCGACAAGACUGGUACUCUCACCGCCAACAAGCUCUCGAUCCACGAGCCCUUUGUCUCCGAGGGCGUUGACGUCAACUUCAUGAUGGCCGUCGCUGCUCUUGCCUCGUCGCACAACGUCAAGUCGCUCGACCCCAUUGACAAGGUCACCAUCUCGACGCUCAAGGACUACCCCGGCGCCAUCGAGGAGCUCGGUGCUGGCUGGAAGACGCACAAGUUCACCCCCUUCGACCCCGUCUCGAAGCGUAUCACUGCCGAGGUCGAGAAGGACGGCAAGCAGUACGUCGCCGCCAAGGGUGCCCCCAAUGCCAUUCUCAAGCUCUGCAACCCCGACCAGGAGACUGCCGCCACCUACCGCAAGGUCGCUGGUGACUUCGCCUCGCGUGGUUUCCGUUCGCUCGGUGUCGCCAUCAACGAGAACGGCCAGUGGAAGCUCCUCGGUCUCCUGCCCAUGUUCGACCCUCCUCGCUCUGACACGGCCGCUACCAUCGCUGAGGCUCAGACUCUCGGUGUCGGCGUCAAGAUGCUUACCGGUGACGCCGUCGCCAUCGCCAAGGAGACGUGCAAGAUGCUUGCUCUCGGCACCAAGGUCUACGACUCUCAGCGCCUCAUUGGCUCCGGCGGCAUGGCUGGCUCUGCUAUCCACGACUUUGUCGAGGCUGCCGACGGUUUCGCCGAGGUCUUCCCCGAGCACAAGUACCAGGUCGUCGAGAUGCUCCAGAACCGUGGCCACUUGACUGCUAUGACCGGUGACGGUGUCAACGACGCUCCCUCUCUCAAGAAGGCCGACUGUGGUAUCGCCGUCGAGGGUGCCUCGGACGCUGCUCGCUCUGCUGCCGAUGUCGUCUUCCUCGACGAGGGUCUCUCUACCAUCAUCACCUCGAUCAAGGUCGCUCGUCAGAUCUUCCACCGCAUGAAGGCCUACAUCCAGUACCGUAUCUCGCUCUGUCUCCAUCUCGAAGUCUACCUCGUCCUCACGAUCCUCAUCCUCGACGAGGUCAUUCGUGUCGACCUGAUCGUCUUCCUCGCCCUCUUUGCCGACGUCGCCACCAUUGCCAUUGCCUACGACAACGCGCCGCACGCUCGUCAGCCCGUCGAGUGGCAACUGCCCAAGAUCUGGAUCAUCUCGACGAUCCUCGGUCUUCUUCUUGCUGCCGGCACCUGGAUCAUCCGCGGUACCCUCUUCCUCAACAACGGCGGUAUCAUCCAGAACUUCGGUAACACUCAGGAGAUUCUCUACCUUGAGGUCGCCCUCACCGAGAACUGGCUCAUCUUUGUCACCCGUCUCGGCGGUGGCGAGUCGGACAUCACUCUCCCCUCGUGGCAGCUCGUUGGCGCCGUCCUUGCCGUCGACGCCCUCGCGACUAUCUUCUGUCUCUUCGGCUGGCUCUCUGGUGCGCCCAACCGCAACCCCAUCACCGCCCCCCACGGCGGCUGGACCGACAUCGUCACCGUCGUCCGUGUUUGGGCUUACUCGAUCGGUGUCACGGUUGUCAUUGCUUUGGUCUACUUCAUCUUGAACCGCAUCCCUGCCCUCGACAGGCUGGGCCGCCGUCAGAGGUCUGUCAAGAACGAGAUGCUCGAGGACUUCAUGCAGAGCAUCCAACGCCUCACUAUCAUCCACGAGAAGGCGGAAGAGGGCAAGCCCGACGUCUACUCGAUCCAGCAAAGGCUGGAGGUCGAGGACGAGUAAAUCAGCGUCUGAUCUUACCCAUCGCAGCUCUAGCUGGCGAAUACCUUCGCCGCCGCUCGAUGUGUGGUCGAAGUUGCUUUUCUCGACCCCCCUUCGCCUCACCUUCUUCCCCCCCUACUCUCAAUCGCCGUCAUUGCCUCAUCUUUUCCCGUGUAUCUCACUCCGCAUUAUCGAUCCUUUCGAGGACCCCACAUUCUUUUACAUCUCUUCGUCUUCACUCUGCUCUCCAAUACCUCUUCUUUUCUCCACAUCACAGGCGCGACGGCGAUUCUCCCGAGAGUGCGGCGAUGCUCCUUCCUCCCUUUCGCCUCUUCUCUCUAUCCUCUCAACUCCUUCUCAGUUAAGAUCAUCUCGUGCACUCGUAGCUCUCGAUCUUUCUCAAGAUGAAAUAGAAAAAGCUAGUACAAAGUUCCAUCG